AUGUCGUCUCGACAGCUUCGUUCCCGUCCUGAGCUAACCUCAAGUGCAACAUCCAGCCGUCCCCGACGUGGUGUAGCAGGUCCGUCAGCAAGCAUCGAGCGAACCAACCCAUCAUCCGACACCUCUCGUCAAUCCAUCAGGCUAACCGUCAAAGCUCCCCCGAGCAAGUUAAGACAGGUCAUCAAUGGCGGGGACGUCGACGCCGGGCCCAUCAACCGGCCCGUCCGUAACGGACGUCGGAAAGCGAUCGUCGAGUCGUCGGACGAAGAAAUGGACAGCGAGCAGCCGACCGAUGUCUACGGCGGCGAAGACGGCGAUGAGGACGAUGCGGACGACAUCGAGGAGAAAACUCCCGACGACGACGAUGAGGAUAUGGAGGACGCGGAGGGCGAGGAUGCCGAGGAUGAUGCAGACGGAGACGACGUGGACAUGGAUGACCUUCCACCCCGGCCACCCCCAUCCGCACGAUCUCGAGCUCCCCCAGCCAAACCGACGGUGAAGGUCACUCCACCGGACGCGAAAAGUGCAGUUCCGAAUUCACGGGUCGUGCCUGAUGAUGACGAUGACGAGGACGAGCUUUCCGAGUUAGACUCCCAAGAAGAUCUGGAGGAAGAGGAUGACGAGGAGGAGGACGACGCGGAGGGUGAGGAAGCUGAAGGCGAUGAGGAUCUAGCCGAAGAAGAUGUCGAGGGUGAAGACGACGACGACCUCGAUUCGGACGGCCGAACGCCGGCAUCGAAGAGUAGGAGCAAUACCCCAGAUCUGACCAAGUUGACACGUCGACAACGGGCCGCUUUGAUCCCCGACGGCGUUUUAAUGGCCCUAUCCAACGAAGCCCAAAAGAAAAAACAUCUCACCGCCGAGGAGCACGCCAUGCGCCGCGUCGAAAUGGCCCGCCGCCGCAAGAACCUCAGCGAGAAACGCAACGAGGAGGAGAAGAUGGACACGAUCAACCGCCUCCUCAAGAAGCAGGCCCCCAAGCGCCGCAACAAGUCCGCCGCCGAGAUCGCCGCCGAGGCCGCCGAGGAGGGGGGCGAGUACGUCGUCCGCGCACCGCCGCUGUACGCGCGCUUCGUGCAGAGCGCGACGGGGACAGCGGUGGCGGCGCCGGAUGAGUGGUUAGAAGCGCCUGUGGGGAGGGUCUUUACGGGUCCGAGUGGGAGGGGGGUGAGAGGUUUGAGUUCGCGUAUGGUGGAGGAGGUGGCGUAG